AUGUAUGUGGGAUACCUACUGGAUAAAGAAACCGGCAUGUAUCACCAAGGCCCAGUGAGAAGAUCCAGCAUCAAUCUGCCUCCACAGAACUUUGUUUCCACUCCACAAUAUCCCGACUUUACGGGAUACCAUCAUGUGCCAAACAUGGAUACGCACGCACAGUCCGCGGGGAGUUGGGGACCUACUUAUGGGGCCCCGAGAGAGGACUGGGGCGCGUAUAGUCUGGGACCACCUAAUACAAUUCCUACACCCAUGAACAACUCCUCUCCCGGACCGUCCCCUUACUGCUCCUCUGAGUACGGUCACAUGCAUCCUCCAGGAUCUGCGGUGUUACCGCCGCCGCCGGACGUUAAUGUUGCACAACUUUCUCCUGACAGAGAAAGACGCAAUUCGUACCAGUGGAUGAGUAAAACUGCGCAAUCGUCUUCUACAGGUAAAACAAGAACGAAGGAGAAGUACAGGGUAGUGUACACAGACCAUCAGCGGCUGGAGCUGGAGAAGGAGUUUCAUUUCAACAGAUACAUCACCAUCAGGAGGAAAUCUGAACUGGCUGUCAACCUCGGCCUGUCGGAAAGACAGGUGAAAAUCUGGUUCCAGAACCGCAGAGCCAAGGAGAGGAAGAUGAUCAAGAAGAAGUUGGGUCAGUCUGACGGCAGCGGGGGGUCCGUGCACAGUGACCCGGGCUCGGUGAGCCCUCUGCCGGUGCCGGGGUCCCUCAGCCCCACGGACAUCCACGGCUCCCUGUACCCUCCUCAGAUGAACACCUUGCCAUCUAUCAGGAAUAUACAGCAAGUGACUGUGACUCUGUGA